AACACCGCCUACAGCCAUCGAUGCCAGUGCCACAACGCGAUCUAGUAGGCUGCUUUAGUUCAGAACCCACAAUGCACCGCAGACGAAGAGACUUCUCAGGCGAAAUGUCUGUUGCUGUCACUGACUGCAGUGGGGCCGCCUGAAACUUUUGCUGGCAAUCCGUGACCACGCUGGGAAACUUCAUAAUACUGACAACUGGUUCUGAUUUGCUUGCUUCCGGUUCAGGUUGGGCUUCUAAUAAACUACAGUGGCAAAGCCGACCGGUACCCCUCCUCCAGGAUGGAUUGGAGGAGAGGUGGAUUGGCGUUUCCAGAGCUAAUCCUGAACGGGCAUGAUUUGGCCCACCAAACCUUGCCGGCAGACCGCGAGGAAGAGGAACAGGACGCGGGGGAUGGUCUUGCGGGGCGGCUUUUCUUGCAACGGGGCCUUGCCUCGCUCGAUGGACCGGUGGUGCGCGAGGGCACGGAAAACAAUCGUAGCAUUAAAGAAGAGUUCACGCUGUCCGACGCAGUGAUGCAGAUAAAAAAUGAAGGGAACAAACUUGCUGGUUUUCAGGAGAAGAAGAAAAGAAUGCCGUUCCCUCCUGCUCAGCUUCUUGGCGUUAACGAAGAUGGGUCGCUGGAGCUUCAGAGCGCAAGGCCUCAUGUGUGUGAACUCUGCAGCGCCACCUUCCGGACCAACUACCAUCUGCAACGGCACGCCUUCAUCCACACGGGGGAGAAGCCAUUUCAGUGCAGCCAGUGCGAUAUGCGCUUCAUCCAGAGGUAUCUCCUUCAAAGACACGAGAAGAUCCACACAGGGGAUAAGCCUUUCCGCUGCGAUGAGUGUGGGAUGAAGUUCAUCCAGAAGUACCACAUGCAGAGGCACAGGAGAACUCACAGUGGCGAGAAGCCCUAUCAGUGCUGUCACUGCCAGCAGCAUUUCUCCAGGACAGACAGAGUCCUGAAGCACCAGCGGAUGUGCAACGAAAACCGGAAGUCGAACGACAUGAACGCUAGAGAUGAGCGGCCGGUCGGCGGGCAGGACCUCGGCUACUCCUCUCUCCGUGCGGGUUGCUCACGUCCCGAGAAAAGCCGGCACAAGUCCAACGAAAGGCCCCGGCUUCCGGUAAAUCUUCUGCAGAACAUCGAACGGGGCGUGGCGGGCGAGGAACUUGGGCCGGUCAGAAGGGAGUCCCCAUCACUCCGCUCGCAGUGCUCCACGGUGAAGGGCGGGCGCGAGUAUUCGGCGGAGCGCCCCGAUUCGCCAGUUGGUGGUGACUUUCCGGUCGAGGCGCCUGCCUCUGAGGUGGACCGCUCCCGUAACCUGGUCCUGAAGAAGCUGGCGAGCGGAAAGACCCGGGAGAGGCCCGCAGGCCCUCAAGACGACUCGUCCCCUUGGUCCUCCUUUGACGACGGGAAGGUCGACAGGCACACCUUUCGGCUGGUGGACACGCCGGGGUUCGGACCCGGAUGUCGUGACCUGGAUGCAGUGACCGUGGGCCCCCACCAGGGGGAGCCGAGCAAACCGGCAGCAAGCGGCGCCAGCUAUGAUGACGCCAUGCAGUUCCUGAAGAAGAAGAGGUACCUACAGCCCGGUGCUCCCGGCUCUGGUCAGGACUGCGCACUGAACGUGGCGAUCGGUCAACAGGCAUCUGCUGGAGCAGGCAUCCGCAGCCGUGGCCCAACCACCUGCGUUUCAGCUUCUCAGACCACAAAGACUGAGAUCAAGUCUAUCCAGGACAAACAUAUCCUGUCCGACGAGGUCCUACAGACCCUCCUAGACCACUACUCCAACAAGGCCAAUGGGCAGCCGGAGGUCUCCUUUGGUGUGGCUGGCACCGUGUCAGUCAGUUCAGCUCAUGCGCGCUUGGACAGCCAUGUUAAGGCCCUGGGGACAAAUUCCCACGCGCCCCCUAGUGGCAAUGCCACCAUGUUGCAGGAGUACUCCAAGUUUCUCCAGCAGGCUCUGGAAAGGACUAGCCAGAAUGACAGUUAUUUGAACUCGCACGGUCUUCCCUUUGUUACCAAAGGCCAGUCGCGUUCGAACCCGCCGGAAUUCUCUGCCCCGGACAUGCAUCACGCCUCCUCUGGCCGUGCGCCCUCGGGCAUGCACUCGUCCCUGAGGUCGUCCUCAGAGAAAGUGCGCUUCGGACUCCUCGACGGCGACUCCGGGCGUUCGUUCUCGUUUUCGGGCGAAGAAACGGACCCGUCUUCUGUCUCCUCAACCGAGGACUUCCUCGAACGGGUAGCCCCUCGAAGAAGGUGCGACAGUCCGGUGAUAGGCCCGCCUUUUCCGAUGGCCGCCUUCGAGCAGAACAUUCAUUCCCAGUUCUCCGGCUGUGGAUCCGGGCUGUCCUCCCUGUUUAGCGUUUCCAGUGGGGACGUGGAUCUGCACGGACACGAGGGUGGCACAGAUCUCCCAGGGUACCCUCUAGCCGAUGUGGCCGAUGGCAGAACUCGACCAACCUCAUCUCUGGAUUCUACGGACAGCCAAAUCUAUACUUGAAUUCAUUUAUUAUAUAUUUGGAUCAUUUCAUAGCCUCGAUUAUGUCUCGAUUAUUAUUAUCAAAUUAUCGCCAUUGGCAUUUAACAAGGUAGGUAACUGGCUGUGUGAGUUUUGAAAUUCAAGCGAUGUUAAUAGCUGGACCGGCCUUUUGAGACGGUAUGUUAUGGAUAUAUCCAGCCUGAGCUAUUUAGCAAAUGUAUUGCAAAACCAUAACGGUUAUGUUGCACAAAUGACAGUAUUCAUUAAUUUCAUUGAAAAAAUUGAAGUGUGUGCCGUCUACUGCCUUAGGACAUUGCAAAUGUCAACUGACAUUUUCUUAGGUCUUUUCUGUUGAUUUAGUUACAUUUAUUGCAGUUUCAGUUCAUAGAUGGUCAUUUAUAAUAUAUUUUAAUAAUGUAAAACGUAUGAGAUCGAUUAUAAGAAAUGAAACAAUCAAAGUCAAAGUCAUUAUCGUGUUAUGUAUCAUACAGAUUAAAUAUGGUAUUCCCUCUAAUAUUGUGACUUAGAUUUGUUUCACAGAUUUAUCAUAUUAUGUGCAUAAACAAAUUGUGAUGUAAGUACGUUACGGUAUGAACGAUCAAAUGUACAACUCUGUUGUCAACACAAACAAGUACGCCUUUAUUUCGACAUUGCCAUCACUGGGUAUGAGUUAUUCGCCAAUUUGAGGAAACAAAGCGAGUUAAAGGUACAAUCGGUAAGAUUUUUGUGUUAAAUCAUUGUUACAAGACCAUUGUAAAUCCCUUCCUAUCAUUGAAAAAGGCUCAUUGACAUGUUGACUCACACUGCCUGUGUUUAUGCAGACCGACACCAAAACAUUGUAUAACUGCAAUAAUUAAAGCUCAUUGGUUUAAAAUUGGU